CCCUUGGAGAAUGCUGCUGAUGGGCAGACCAGGAAGUGAAAUCAGCAGUGUGACUAUUGUCAUUUGAACUUUAUACGGAAUAACCUGUUGUGGACCAUGCAAGUAUUUUUGGAAGCUAGCUAUUGAUUUGUUUCUUACACUAACUAGCCAUGGUGGUGGAGCAGAGAAGCUGGGUGCUAACUGGUGCCACUGUCGCCUUUGUCGCAGCGCUUUACCUGCCCUGCACACAGAAGGCUGUCCCCGGUGGAGACUCAGGAGAGCUGAUCACCGCUGCUUGUGAACUGGGGGUGGCUCACCCCCCGGGAUACCCAGUCUUCACCCUCUUAGCCUGGCUGGCUCUGUCCCUGCUGCCCUAUCUCUCCCUCUCCGUGUCUCCGGCCCACAGUGUCAACCUGCUGAGCAGCUUGCUGGGGGCCGGGGCCAGCGGGGCCCUCUGCUUCACUGUCUGCAGACUGGCAGGCCCAGGGCCGGGUGCGGUUCUGGCUGGGGGGGUGUUUGCUGUGUCCAGGCUCAGCUGGCAGUGGUCGGUGGUGGCUGAGGUCUUCUCCCUCAACAACCUCUUUGUUGGGCUCCUCUUCUCCCUGACUACCAGCUUCCACUGUGCUGACAGUGCCCCCCAGAGGAGGAAGGUUUCCCAUUGGGGGGCGCUGUGCUGUGGCCUGGGUCUGUGUAACCAGCACACUCUGGUGUUGUACGUGGUGGUCAUCAUUCCCUGGGUCCUGCUCCAACUCUACUCUCACAGAGAGCUGUCUGUCUGUGGGCUGAUGUCUCUGGGACUGUGUUUCCUGGGGGGUCUACUGCCCUACGUCUACCUGCCUAUCUCCUCCUACCUGAACACAGCUCGCUGGAGCUGGGGAGACCAGACUUCCCUCUCAGGCCUCUUUACUCACCUACUGAGGACUGAAUACGGCACCUUCAGCCUGGCCAAGACAGAAGGUACCGGGAACCUCACCAUGAUGCUAAAGGCUCAGCUGGACCACUGUAUGGCUGACCUGUCCCUCCCUGUGCUGUUCCUGGCUGGACUGGGCAUGUUCCUCAUCUCCUGGGACAGGAGACGCCUUGUUGUUCCCUGGCUACUGACGGCCAUGCUGCUACUCUACUCCCUGUUCUUUGCCUGGAGAGCCAACCUGGACAUCAGCAGACCCCUACUGCUGGGAGUGGUGGAGCGGUUCUGGCUUCAGAGCGAUGCUGUGGUGUGUGUGCUGGCUGGGCUGGGCCUGAGUUGGACACACACAGGCCUGGAGAGGAGGCUAGGCCAUGGGGGUCUGUGGAGGGCCGGAGGCUGGCUCUUCACCGUAGGUGUCCUGGCACACAUGGUGCACUCCAACCAUCGGGAGUGUGAUCAGAGCAUUAACAGUGUUGUGGAGCGGUUCGGCAGGGAGCUUCUGGCCUCUGUUCCUCCAGACUCUAUCAUCCUGACCCGGGGAGACCUCCCAGGGAACUCCCUGCGCUACCUCCACUACUGCCAGGGGGUCCGGCCUGACGUACACCUCGUUGACCAGGAGAUGAUGACGUACAGCUGGUACGUGGCCAAGCUGGGCCAGCAUCACCCUGGGGUUCAUUUCCCUGGGCUCUGGUGGGACCCGGUCCACACUGAGGAGAAGGACACCUUCAGUCUGGAGCAGUUCCUCUCUCACAACACACAGGGGGCCGUGCUGGCCUGCAUCGGGCUGCCUGACGGGGACCCCAGCUGGGAGAGGAGCUUCUCUCGCUGGCCCCUAGGCGUGUGUGACCACCUGGUGCCUGCCCAGGAGCACUUCCACCCAGAGGAGUGGGCCCGUCGCACCCGCUACAUCUAUAACUGGACCGAGCCACACAACAGUUUCCACCCAGGGUCCUGGGAGAGGGUGGCUAAUGAGGAGAUGUGGCAGGCCAGGAUGAAGACGGCUUUCUUUCUGUUUGACCUGGCUGAGAGGAUCCAGGGAGAGGGGAAAGCUCGCCUGUUUGAGCUCUCCUACACUCUUUAUAAGGAGAUCGUGGAGAGCCAUACAGACUACCCUCCCAACUGGGAUAAAAACCUGGCCCUGGCCAGCGAGAGGCUCCUGCGUUCAGGGAAGCAGGGCCACAGCCCUGACAGCCUGCUGACCUGCAGCAUCCAGCACUUCAGCCUGUACCUGGACAAGGAGCCCACGGACUCCCAGGCCCCCGCCAUCCACACCGCCGUCUCCCACCUGCUGCAGGAGAGGACCAGGCUCCGGCAGAAACACACCCCGUGAGGGAGGGGAGUGUCAGAUAGAGCAGGCAUACAGGAAGUACUGCAGGUCACCAUGGAGACUGAGGAGGAGAGGUCCUCUCAAUGAGUGUGGCAGCCAGGGGAUGUUGACUGACCUACAGGCUGCGUCUGGUGCUCUAACUUCUCUGGUGGUUGGGAUGAAGGGUUUUCUCAGGGGUUGAACACGCCCAGUACAGUGGAGAGUAGACUGGGCUCUACCGGCAGUCAUCAUGGACAAAUAUAUGUAUGAUGCCCUGGAAAAUUCGGUGAUGAAGUAGGGCAGGAAAAACAUCCCUUGUCAUAUAAUUGGCUACAACAUGGGACCUAAUAUGGAGGUAGUGCUGGUGAUGGGGUUCUCUGUGAUGAGGUGGGGUUGUCCAGAUAAACAGGAACCAGGCUGCACCUCACACUGCAGCAAUGUUUUCCACUGGGGACAUUACAUGACUUUUGCAGCCUGGAUGGAACCCAAUCAAGCUGUUCAAGUCUCCCACACAUACAUACUUUUAUUUACUAUUUCCCUAUCUCAUUUUUCUGUCUCUCUCUCUCUGCAUCUCUUUCUCUCAAACAGCUUUUAACGUUAUGAUUAUGUGGCCGUGGCCACCUGCUGAUUUAGUUAUCUUUUUCUCCCAUUAGGUGGCAGGGCUGAGAUUGAGGGAAACCCAAUUUGAGUGCAGAAAUGGGGGAUUAGAGCAGGCUCUUAAUCUGUGACAGAUUUGUGCAUUGCCACGCUGUCCUGGGCUCUGGUCUCUUAGCGUGACCCUGGCUCCCAGUCGCCAUCCCUGCCCACCGACUAUCCAUCCAUCUGAGUUGGUCCUUUAAAAACCAAUGGAUUCAAUUAGCUUUUUUUUCUCCCUUUGACGACAGAGCUAUAAUCCCUCAUAGAUUUAAAUUAAAUAUGAAAUGUUACAAUGCCAGGGACCCUUUUAGAGGUGUGUGUGUGUGUGUGCCCCCCCCAGUGAUACGCAGAGAGGAAAAACACACGCACACACACACACACACACACACCGAGCAGUGGAGCGCUUUCAUUUCCAGAGAGACAUUCCGUCACGCAGACAUCGAGUCACAACCACAGUCACGCAGACACUCAGAGACGUUGCAUCCAGACAUGCAAAGGUCCUCAGCAGCACGACCCACACUCCUGGAUAGAUGGACUCAGUCACUUGAGGCUGGUCUGAGAGACAUGGUGAUUCAGUACACUUAAUUACAUCUUUAACUACUUUCCCUUUCAUUCCUUCUCCCCUCUGUUCUCGCAUAGACUUUCUACCUAAUUUACCGUAAACAUUCUCAGUCUGUGAACCUUUUGGGGCUGGUGUGUUUGAUAUUUGGGCGCCACUGAUUUCUAUGAGACCUGGUCCACAGCCACUCCUGUGUCCUGUCCUGUCAUCUGCUCUCAUUGUACUUUUAAUGGCAUGGACAGAGAGGGCAGAGCACUAGAAGUGCUGCUCCGGGUCCUCUCAGAAAACAACCUGCCCUCUGCUCUGUCCACGGGGCUGGCUGAUGAGAACGGGCCUAGGACAGAUGGUACAUCUCUCUCUCAGAAAAAAUAUUUUUCUGUUCUCCAAAGAUUAAAAUACUCUAAGAAAGAUUUUUUCCACUUUAAA